AGGGUUCUGAGGCGCCAGAGGAUGUCCUUUGACCGCCUUGAUGAGUCACGUGGACUGACGGGGGCGGGGCGGAAAGGCUGGAUAAGUUCCUUCCGGGUCAGUGACAGAAGCGUGGACUCCGCUGAGUAGUUGCUGGCGUCUUGGUCCGCUCCGCGUCUUCCUCGUAUCAACGCGAGGUGAUUGUGGUUUCCACGAUGAGCUCCCAGAAAGGGAACGUGGCUCGUUCCAGGCCUCAGAGGCACCAGAAUACGUUUAGCUUCAAAAAUGACAAGUUUGAUAAGAGUAUUCAGACCAAGAAAAUUAAUGCAAAGCUUCAUGAUGGAGUUUGUCAGCGCUGUAAAGAAGUUCUUGAAUGGCGUGUAAAAUACAGCAAAUAUAAACCAUUGUCAAAGCCUAAAAAAUGUGUUAAAUGUUUACAAAAAGCAGUGAAAGAUUCUUAUCACAUAAUGUGUAGACCAUGUGCCUGUGAACUUGAAGUUUGUGCAAAAUGUGGAAAGAAAGAAGACAUUGUUAUUCCGUUUAAUAAAGAACCAGAAAAGACAGAAAAUCCUGAAAGUAAUCUACGUUCCAACCCUAGAAGUUGCAGAAGAAAUGAAGAAGAAAGUGAUGAUGAUUUAGAUUUUGAUAUUGAUUUAGAUGACACAAAAGACAAUCAAGGGGAUUAAUAUAUUCAAAGUCAGUUUGAAAACAUGAAAUUCCGAACAACUUUUGACUUUUGAGGGUUUUACACAAAAAUACUGUGAAAUCCUAAUGAGAAAAAUAGCAAAAACCUAUAUAGAAAACAGGCAAAAUUCACACAUGGACUAUAUAACUUAUGCAUGAUACUUGGAUAAUUAUGAAACUUUCAUUUAGUGUUUUCUUACAAUACAUUUUUUAAAAAAGUUUUUUAAUGUUUAUUUUUGAGACAGGGAGAGACAGAGCACAAAUUGGGGAGGGCAAAGAGAGAGGGACACACAGAAUCUGAAGCAGAC